CAAAAAAAAAUCUGAAAGGCGGAGGGUAUUUGACAGGCGUUUCAAGCUGCCUGAGUGACAGAAACUGGCAGCCGAAUAGAAGUCAUGUGUGGAAUCUUCGCCUAUCUUAACUACCAUGUACCAAGGACUCGCCGUGAGAUCCUUGAAAUCCUCCUCAAAGGCCUGCGGCGUCUGGAGUACCGAGGCUAUGACUCUGCCGGUGUGGGCAUUGAUGGCGGUAACGUAAAGGAGUGGGAAACCAAUGCCAAGUCCAUCCAGUUGAUCAAGCAGCGUGGAAAAGUGAAGGCUCUUGACGAGGAGAUCCACAAACAGCAUGACCUGGAUCUGGAGGUGGAGUUGGAUGUUCACCUCGGCAUUGCUCACACCCGCUGGGCUACCCAUGGAGAACCAAGCCCGCUCAAUAGUCACCCGCACAGAUCAGACAAGACCAAUGAGUUCAUUGUUAUUCACAAUGGCAUUAUCACAAACUAUAAAGAUCUGAGGAAGUUCCUGAUGAGCAAAGGCUAUGAGUUCGAGUCAGAGACCGACACCGAGUCCAUUGCCAAGCUGGUGAAGUACAUGUACGACAACCGGGAGAAUGAUGACAUCACUUUUGCCACUCUGGUGGAAAGGGUAACACAGCAACUGGAAGGUGCUUUUGCACUGGUCUUUAAGAGUGUUCAUUAUCCUGCCGAGGCAGUUGUCACAAGGAGGGGAAGUCCUCUGCUGAUCGGCGUGCGAAGUGACCACAAGCUCUCAACAGACCAUAUUCCCGUUGUCUACCGCUCAUCUGCCAAAGAGAAGAGCUGCAGUUCCCUCCCCAGAGUCGACCAGGAUACCAGCCUGUUCCCUGUGGAUGAGAAAGCUGUUGAGUAUUACUUUGCCUCUGAUGCAAGUGCGGUUAUAGAGCACACAAAUCGGGUGAUCUUCCUAGAGGAUGAUGACGUGGCCGCUGUGACCGAGGGAAGGCUGUCCAUCCACAGGAUAAAACGCCGUGCCGGGGACUACCCUGCCCGCGCUAUCCAGACCCUUCAGAUGGAGUUAGAGCAAAUCAUGAAAGGUAAUUUCAGCUCCUUCAUGCAAAAGGAAAUCUUUGAGCAGCCUGAGUCUGUGGUCAACACCAUGAGAGGAAGAGUCAACUUUGAUGACAAUACAGUGACCUUGGGUGGACUGAAGGACCACAUCAAAGAGAUCCAGAGAUGUCGACGCCUGAUCCUUAUUGCAUGCGGCACCAGCUACCAUGCUGGCGUCGCGACCCGUCAGGUCCUGGAGGAGCUAACAGAGCUGCCUGUGAUGGUGGAGCUGGCCAGCGAUUUCCUGGACCGGAACACACCCGUCUUCCGAGAUGACGUUUGCUUCUUUAUUAGCCAGUCAGGGGAGACUGCUGACAGCCUGAUGGCCCUGCGCUACUGCAAGGAAAGAGGGGCUCUGACUGUGGGCAUCACUAACACAGUGGGCAGCUCCAUCUCCCGGGAGACUGACUGUGGGGUCCACAUCAAUGCUGGACCUGAGAUCGGUGUGGCCAGCACGAAGGCCUACACAAGCCAGUUUGUGGCCCUGGUCAUGUUUGCUCUGAUGAUGUGCGCCGACAGGAUUUCCAUGCAGCCAAGACGCCGUGAGAUCAUCCAGGGCUUGAAGGUGCUUCCGGACCUGAUCAAGGAGGUUCUUGGUUUGGAUGAUGAGAUCCAGAAGCUGGCGACAGAGUUGUACCAGCAGAAGAGCGUACUGAUCAUGGGUAGAGGUUACCAUUAUGCUACCUCCUUGGAAGGAGCCCUGAAAAUCAAGGAGAUCACAUACAUGCACUCUGAGGGCAUCCUGGCUGGGGAGUUGAAGCACGGCCCUCUGGCGCUUGUGGACAAUCUCAUGCCAGUCAUCAUGAUCAUCAUGAAGGACCACACGUACGUCAAAUGUCAGAACGCCCUGCAGCAAGUCGUUGCCCGCCAGGGCCGCCCAAUCGUGAUCUGCGACAGAGACGAUUACGAGAGCAUCAGCAACUCGUGCCGCACCAUCAAAGUGCCUCACUGCGUUGACUGCCUGCAGGGCAUCCUGAGCGUCAUCCCCCUGCAGCUGCUCUCUUUCCAUCUGGCCGUGCUCCGAGGCUUUGACGUGGACUGUCCACGGAACCUGGCCAAGUCAGUGACGGUGGAGUGAAAGGGCCCACUCGUCACCUGCCCUACGGCAAGGGAAAGAAGAGCAACAUGUCCGGUUCCAUUCGUCCUCUUUUAUCCAUUUUACUCAUAUCUGGCUGCUUCAUCUCUCUGUAUCUCUUCUUAGUGUUGUUGUAGACUGGUGGUGGUCUGGGCUGGCACUCGCGUUAUCCUCCUUGCUCCAACUCUUGUGUGCUAAUAGCAUCGAGAAGGAGCUUCUUCGUUCCGAUUAAUGCAGCAAAGCAGUGAGAUGAGUUCGUUUUACUGAGAGCAUCUUGGAUGCGACGUUACUGACCAAUGAAACUUUGAACAUUUUGCCUUUUUUUUUUCUUCCAAGUGCUUUCAUUAGCAAUUUAGUUGGUGUCUUUCUUUCUAUUUGGCAGCAAAUAUUUGAAAUGUGAAAUUAUUUCGGAGCACAGUCAUCGAUGCUGUUGAAUUUAUGUGCACACCUCUUCUUCAUGGUCAAAUGGUCUUGUUACGUUCUUUAUUUAUACUCUUUUUUUUUUUUUAAUAUAUGUAUAAAUUACACAAUUGUCACAAUUUUUUGUUGAUUGAUUCUUGUUCAUGCACAAGAACAAGACUUGAUUCUGUACUUUAUUUCGUACUACACGAUGAAGUGAUAUCAGUGAGAUGAAGUUACUGCCAGCCCACACCAUUCCAUCUUGACUACUGCUAAUGCAAUAUUGGGACCAUUUGUAGCGAGUGAUUUUAUAUAUAUUUUUUUCAUUUUCUUAUGAGAAAUCAAGAGUUUUGUAUUUUUACCCUAUGAUUUGAAAUGUAAACGUUAGUCUUUUGUCGAGGGGGAAAAAAAAAGUCCUGUAAAACCAAACACGCUUUGGGAAGUUAGAAACCAAAAUGUGUAUUUGAUAUGCAUAUGAUAGGAUGAAUUUCUUUUUGUUUUUGUUUUUUUGUUUUUUUUUGUAGCCAUAUGUAAGAUGCUUCAAGGCCUUAGAUGGCUCACACACACUGUCACUGCUAUGGCAUCAUGUCACACUGUAGAGGUAUUAGACGCUGACAAGGAGAGAGAAUGCUGUAAUUCAUACCCGUUAGUGAAGGAACAGGAGCUGCUAUUGUUACCAUUUUUACUUCCGUUUGCUUUCGACAUUCAUCUCGCUUCAGCAAUCAAGCCUUAAUCUUAAUUUGUGCAUGUAAUCUGAACAUUGUAUGCCAGGUUUGAAGCCCAUCUUAUUACUGAGCAAAAUUAUUCUUUCAAGUAACCGACGUUGCCAAUAUUAGUGGGACACUAUUGCGCAUCCCAGGCUGGGAUUCCCAGCUGAUGUUAUUAAAAAAAAAAAAAAAAGUCCAUUUGUUGUCUUUGUGAGGUCAUGUGUUUAGAAGAAAUACCGGCAAUGGAUACUUCACAGAUUUAUUCCAAUAAAGACUUUUUGGAUGGA